UGGUCUCAUGGAAGUGGAAAUAAUGAAUUGGAUUUUACAUAAAAACAGCCAGUAUACGGAAAUAUUUCGAACAGCAAUGUGCAAUGCUCAGGAAAAAGGAUUUGUGGAACGCAUCCUUCGACGGCGACAAAUCAAAAAGCCAGCAUGUCAAUCAUUAUACACUGUUUAUCCUGUGGGAUCCUGAUUUCCCUGCUGCUUUUGGGUAUGGAGAAAUUAUAUGCGUAUCUUGGCUUGGAAAAAUUAUGGAG